GUAUGACCGUACAUGCAAAAACAAAGAUUGUUGCAACAACAAUAUUUUCUGGUCAAAGUAAACAAAACCAAAUAAUUUAAGCUAAUCAAGGAAAAUCUGGAGAUAUGAGCAACAGCGAGGAUUCGCAACAGUAUCUGAACGACAUGCUGGUCAAAGAGGAGGACGAGGCGUCCGGUGACGAAUCGGACAAACAGGAUGGAGGGAUUAUGCUGCGAGAACAGGACCGCUUCCUGCCCAUCUGCAACAUCAUCAAGAUCAUGAAGGUGCCGGUGCCCCAGAACGGCAAGAUUGCCAAGGACGCACGCGAGUGCAUCCAGGAGUGCGUCUCCGAGUUCAUAUCCUUCAUCAGCAGCGAGGCCAUCGAACGCAGCGUAGCCGAGAACCGGAAAACAGUCAACGGGGACGACCUACUGGUGGCCUUUAGCAAUCUGGGAUUCGACAACUACGUGGAGCCACUGUCCAUUUACCUGCAAAAGUACCGAGAGUCAAACAAAUCGGAUCGCAAUCUCUUCCUGGACGCCAGUUAUCCUCAUACCGAAGAUGGAUCCUCUACGAACGAGGCGGGAAAGCAGUAGCACCUGGUCUGCAGACCCUGGUAGUUAAGGUUAUAUAGGUAGUUCUGACAGUAAAACAUAAUUUGUAGUAUAAUUCAACGUGAUUCUUAAAAAACUUGCAGUUUAAUAUACAUUUUAAGUUUAAAUAACGUCUAAAGUAAAUACAGGUAUAUUAUUAUUUUUUAUCUGCACCAUGUUCAAGAUUUUGAAUUAAAGUUGUAAACUUGGUUUUUAAGUCAAUUAA